AGAUGCUGGCUGAGCUGAGCAGCAGCAGACUCAGAACUCCCUUCUGCCCACUCUGUGGAGACUGUGAACUUGGGGCGCUGUGUGCUCCCCCUGGCCGUGGCCCCAGGGACGGGACCCACCGAAGAUGACGUGGAUCUGUCUGUCCUGCAUGCUCUGGCCAGAAGACUUGGAAUCCCCCAAGACUCACCAUUUCAAGGUGAAGACCUUCAAGAAGGUGAAGCCCUGCGGUAUCUGCCGACAGGUCAUCACUCGGGAGGGCUGCGCCUGCAAAGUCUGCAGCUUCUCCUGUCAUCGGAAAUGCCAGGCCAAGGUGGCUGCCCCCUGCAUUCCUCCAUCCAGCCAUGAACUGGUGCCCAUCAACACCGAGAGUGCAACAAAGAAUGUAGUGGACACGGGAGAAGGAGCCUUACGGGGUGGAAACACGCGGAAAAGCCUUGAGGAAGACGGCUCCACUAGUGUCACCCCGAGUGUCCAGCUCCAGCCCAUCAGAAACAUGAGUGUGAGCCGGACCAUGGAGGACAGCUGUGAGCUGGACCUGGUAUAUGUCACAGAGAGGAUCAUCGCCGUCUCCUUCCCCAGCACAGCCAAGGAGGAAAACUUCCGGAUCAACCUCCGCGAAGUGGCGCAGAUGCUCAAAUCAAAACAUGGAGGCAACUACCUGCUUUUCAACCUCUCUGAGCGGAGACCUGACAUCACGAAGCUCCAUGCCAAGGUACUGGAAUUUGGCUGGCCUGACCUCCACACCCCAGCUCUAGAGAAGAUCUGCAGUGUCUGCAAGGCCAUGGACACUUGGCUCAACGCAGACGCCCACAACGUCGUUGUUCUGCACAAUAAGGGAAACCGAGGCCGGAUAGGUGUUGUCAUUGCGGCUUACAUGCACUACAGCAACAUUUCUGCCAGUGCAGACCAGGCUCUGGAUAGGUUUGCAAUGAAGCGGUUCUAUGAAGACAAGAUUGUGCCCAUCGGCCAGCCGUCCCAGAGAAGGUAUGUACAUUACUUCAGUGGCCUGCUCUCUGGCUCCAUCAAAAUGAACAACAAGCCCUUGUUCCUGCACCACGUCAUCAUGCACGGCAUCCCCAACUUCGAGUCUAAAGGAGGGUGUCGGCCAUUUCUCCGGAUUUAUCAGGCCAUGCAGCCUGUUUACACAUCUGGCAUCUACAAUGUCCAAGGAGAUAGCCAGACCAGCAUCUGCAUCACCAUUGAGCCUGGGCUGCUUCUGAAGGGCGACAUCCUGCUGAAGUGCUACCAUAAGAAGUUCCGCAGCCCUGCUCGAGACGUCAUCUUCCGCGUGCAGUUCCACACCUGCACCAUCCAUGAUCUGGGGGUCGUCUUUGGGAAGGAGGACCUCGAUGAUGCCUUCAAAGAUGAUCGAUUUCCAGAAUAUGGCAAAGUGGAAUUUGUAUUUUCUUAUGGACCAGAGAAAAUACAAGGCAUGGAGCACCUGGAGAACGGGCCGAGCGUGUCCGUGGACUACAACACCUCCGACCCGCUCAUCCGCUGGGAUUCCUACGACAACUUCAAUGGGCAUCGAGAGGACGGCAUGGACGAGGUGGUGGGACACACCCAGGGGCCGCUGGACGGGAGCCUGUACGCCAAGGUGAAGAAGAAGGACGGCCUGCAGGGCAGCGCCGGGGCGGUGGAUGUGGCGCGGCCCACCCUGUCGGCCACCCCCAACCACGUGGAGCACACGCUCUCUGUGAGCAGCGACUCGGGCAACUCCACAGCCUCUACCAAGACAGACAAGACGGAUGAGACCGCCCCCGGCCCCGCCAGUGCCGCGGCUGCCCUGAGUCCCGAGGAGAAGCGGGAGCUGGACCGCCUGCUCAGUGGCUUCGGCUUAGACCGAGAGAAGCAAGGCCACAUGUACCACGCCCAGCAUCUCCGGUCCCGCCCGGCGGGGGGCCCCACUGCGCCGCCCGCUGGCCGCCAGGUGGUCCCAGCCCAGGUUCACGUCAACGGCGGGGCCUUGGCAUCUGAGCGCGAGACAGACAUCCUGGACGAUGAGCUGCCCAACCAGGAUGGGCACAGCAUGGGCAGCAUGGGAACCCUGUCCUCCCUGGAUGGCGUCACCAACAUCAGUGAAGGGGGCUACCCAGAGGCCCUGACCCCACUGACCAAUGGACUGGACAAGUCCUACCCUGCGGAACCUAUGGUCAACGGCGGGGGCUAUCCCUACGAGUCUGCCAGCCGGGUGGUGCCCACCCAUGCCGGCCACUCGGCCCCCAUGCGGCCCUCGUACUCUGCACAGGACGGUUUAGCAGGCUACCAGAGAGAGGGCCCCCACCCAGCCUGGCCACAGCCAGUGAACACCUCCCACUACGGCCAUGACCCCAGCAGUAUGUUCCGUUCUCAGUCCUUUCCGGACACGGAACCCCAGCUCCCCGCAGCUCCAGCUCGUGGGGGGAGCAGUCGAGAGGCUGUGCAGAGGGGCCUGAAUUCCUGGCAGCAGCAGCAGCAGCAGCAGCAGCAGCAGCAGCAGCAGCAGCAGCAGCAGCAGCCUCGCCCUCCUCCUCGCCAGCAGGAAAGAGCUCAUUUGGAGAGUCUUGGGCCCAGCAGGCGUAGCCCCCAGCCACUGGCACAGACCCCCAUCCCUGGCCUCCCAGAGUUCCCGAGGGCAGCCUCCCAGAAGGAGAUCGAGCAGUCCAUCGAAACGCUCAACAUGCUCAUGCUGGACCUGGAACCGGCCUCCGCGGCUGCCCCCCUGCACAAGUCACAGAGCCUCCCAGGGGCCUGGCCAGGGGCUUCACCCCUCUCCUCACACCCCCUCUCUGGCUCCUCCCAUCCACUGACCCAGUCCAGAUCUGGCUACAUCCCCAGUGGGCAUUCCUUGGGAAGCCCAGAGCCGGCCCCACGGGCCUCCCUGGAGUCUGUCGCUCUUGGCAGAUCUUACUCACCUUAUGAUUAUCAGCCCAACCAGAGCUUCUGUCCAAAGAGCCCAGCCGCCUCCUCCUCUUCUGCCUUCCUGCCAAAGACCCACAGUCCUCCAGGGCCCCAGCAGCCCCCAGCCUCUCUCCCUGGCCUCACCACUCAGCAGCAGCUCUCACCAAAGGAGGUGACUUCAGACCCCUCCCGGACUCCAGAAGAGGAACCAUUGAACCUGGAGGGGCUGGUGGCCCACCGGGUGGCAGGGGUGCAGGCUCGUGAGAAGCAGCCUGCAGAGCCCACAGCCUCUCUCCGGAAGCGGGCAGCCAGCGAUGGACAGUAUGAGAACCAGUCUCCAGAGCCCAGCUCCCCCCGGAGCCCCGGGAUGCGCUCCCCUGUCCAGUGUGUCUCCCCAGAGCUGGCUCUCACCAUUGCUCUCAAUCCCGGAGGGCGACCCAAAGAGCCCCAUCUGCACAGCUACAAGGAGGCCUUUGACGAGAUGGAGGGGACCUCCCCGACCAGCCCGCCGCCCACAGGGGUGCGCUCCCCUCCAGGUCUGGCCAAGACACCCCUGUCUGCUCUGGGCCUGAAACCCCACAACCCUGCGGACAUCCUGUUGCACCCCACAGGCGAGGAGGAUGAGGGGAAGGUGGCGAUGGAGCUCCUGGACGAACCCCGGAGCUAUGUUGAGUCGGUGGUGCGGACGGCAGUGGCAGGGCCCCGGACUCAGGACCCUGGAGCCAAGAGCUUUAGUGCCCCAGCUGCCCAAGCCUAUGGCCAUGAGGUGCCCCUGAGGAACGGGACCCUGGGCGGCUCCUUUGCCUCCCCCAGCCCUCUCUCCACCAGCAGCCCCAUUCUUAGUGCUGACAGCACUUCAGUGGGGAGUUUCCCAUCUGGGGAGAGCAGUGACCAGGGCCCCCGGACGCCCACCCAGGCUUUGCUGGAUUCUGGCUUCCGCGCUGGCAGCCUGGGCCAGCCCAGCCCUUCGGCCCAGAGAAACUACCAGAGCUCUUCUCCUCUCCCGACCGUGGGCAGCAGCUACAGCAGCCCCGACUACGCCCUGCAGCCCUUCAGCUCCCCGGAAAGCCAGGUCCAGCCUCAGUUCAGUGUGGCCGGCGUGCACACCGUGCCUGGGAGCCCUCAGGCACGCCACAGGACAGUGGGCACCAACACUCCCCCUAGUCCUGGCUUUGGCCGGCGGGCUGUAAAUCCUGUCAUGGCCGCUCCCAGCAGCCCCAGUUUGAGCCAUCGCCAGGCGAUGGGUCCUGGAACUGGUUUUCAUGCUAAUGUGGUCUCCAGUCCCCAGAGCAGUGCAGCAACCACUCCAGGAAGCCCCAGCUUGGGCCGGCACCCUGGAGCCCACCAGCCCUCAGGCCUCCAUGGCAACGUGGUGACCACUCCAGGGAGCCCAAGUCUGGGCCGACAUCCGGCAGGGGCCCACCAGGCCUCUGUUCCCCACGGCAGUGUGAUGCCCACACCAGGGAGCCCCAGCCUGGGCCGGCACCCUGGGGCCCACCAAAGCACCCUGGCCUCCAAUCUCCAUGGCAAUGCCAUAGCCAGCCCCGGAAGCCCCAGUCUGGGACGCCACCUGGGAGGGUCUGGAGCUGUGCUUCCUGGGAGUCCCAGCUUGGACCGGCACGUGGCCUACGGCGGCUACUCCACUCCUGAGGACCGGAGACCCACACUGUCCCGGCAGAGCAGUGCCUCCGGCUACCAGGCUCCUUCCACACCCUCCUUCCCUGUGUCCCCCGCCUACUACCCUGGGCUGAGCAGCCCCGCCACCUCCCCCUCGCCUGAUUCAGCGGCCUUCCGCCAAGGGAGUCCGACACCAGCUUUGCCAGAGAAGCGGCGGAUGUCCAUGGGCGACCGAGCAGGCAGCCUCCCCAACUAUGCCACCAUCAACGGGAAGGUGUCCUCCUCACCUGUGGCCAGCGGCAUGUCCAGCCCCAGCGGAGGCAGCAGCGUCUCCUUCUCCCACACUCUGCCCGACUUCUCCAAGUACUCCAUGCCAGACAACAGCCCCGAGACUCGGGCUAAAGUGAAGUUUGUGCAGGACACCUCCAAGUAUUGGUACAAGCCUGAGAUCUCCAGGGAGCAGGCCAUCGCCCUCCUUAAGGACCAGGAGCCAGGGGCCUUCAUCAUCCGUGACAGCCACUCCUUCCGAGGCGCCUACGGGCUGGCCAUGAAGGUGUCCUCGCCUCCUCCCACCAUCAUGCAGCAGAAUAAAAAAGGCGACAUGACUCAUGAGCUGGUGAGGCAUUUCCUGAUAGAGACAGGCCCCAGAGGUGUCAAACUCAAGGGGUGCCCCAACGAGCCAAACUUUGGAUCCCUGUCUGCCCUGGUCUACCAGCACUCCAUCAUCCCAUUGGCCUUGCCCUGCAAGCUGGUCAUUCCAAACCGAGACCCCACAGAUGACUGCAAGGACAGUGCAGGCCCUGCCAACUCAACCACUGAUCUGCUGAAGCAAGGGGCAGCCUGCAAUGUGCUCUUCAUCAACUCUGUGGAUAUGGAGUCACUCACUGGCCCACAGGCCAUUUCUAAAGCCACUUCGGAGACGCUGGCAGCUGACCCCACACCGGCUGCCACCAUUGUCCACUUCAAAGUCUCUGCCCAAGGAAUCACAUUGACUGACAACCAGAGAAAGCUUUUCUUCAGACGACACUACCCCCUCAACACCGUCACCUUCUGUGACCUGGAUCCACAGGAGAGAAAGUGGAUGAAGACAGAGGGUGGUGCCCCUGCUAAGCUCUUCGGCUUUGUGGCCAGGAAGCAGGGCAGCACCACGGAUAAUGCCUGCCACCUCUUCGCUGAGCUUGAUCCCAACCAGCCCGCCUCCGCCAUCGUCAACUUCGUCUCCAAGGUCAUGCUGAACGCCGGCCAGAAGAGAUGAGCCUCUUGCCCAGGGCCGGGGCAUUGGGGAGAGGACCCCAUGAAUUCUGACCAUUCUUGAAUCCGGAAGGAGGACUUUGGGCCAAUUUUGGAGAAGGAGAGAAGAAAGUGCAACGUGGGGAGAGGGAAGUGAAUUGCAGAGGGGAGGGGAAAAGAAAGAGAAAGAAAGACAAAGAUGGAGGAGAAUAACUAGGAUUCCCCUGAUGAGGUGGAUUCUGCGAAACUCCCAAAGCCUCCCACACCAACCAGGUCUGCCUAGCUCCUCCUGCCCACUCCGAGAGGAUGGAGCUCCUCAAAGGAGACAGAGCCAGUCUCCUUGGGGACCCAUAUUUAGGGGUGGCGGGGGGUGUAGAAAAACUCUGUCUCUCGAACCCAACUAUUCUGCAAAAGGAAAUCAAGUUGAGAGCAUCUUUUUCUGGCCAACUCUAGGGUAGAUAGCCAAACCCGAAGAGACUGCACAGACAUGAUGUGGGGGGACUCCUGCUUCUGAAAGUAUCUCAACCGAGGUGCCUAAGGUCCUUUAGCCUUGCCUCUGAUGGGUAGUUUGUGGGGGAGUCGAUAUGGGGUCUACAUAUGUCUGCACCCACACCUCACGCUGAUUUCUGUUUGCCUCUCAGCUAGAAUGAGAAACAGGUCUGCUUGUCCACGUCCCACUUGUUUGCACAGACAUGUGCAAACUCUCCAAAGAUUAGCAUAGGGGGUGAUUGGGCAACAGGAGUGGACAUAAGUGCUCUUCCCCAGGGACACCCAUGAUUAUGGGUGACCAGCUCUCUCUCUCUUGGUCUCAGUGCCUGCACACGCGCACGUCUAAGUGUCAUCAGCCCCUUCCUGACCAAGGCCUCAGCAGGAGUGGGGCCGCUCUUCCACCUGUCCUCUACCACCGGGGUGCUCGAGUAUUGGUUUGAGAACUCAGAGACAUGUGCUCAUAGCUUCGGGGAAGAGAUCCUUCAGGAAGAGUGGCCAGUGCGCUGGGGCAUCUGCCCCGACAGCUGGUGGCCAGUGGCUCCCGCCAGCUGCCAGCCGCAGCCCAUUAGACCAGCCUUAGGUCAGAUGUCUGCAUGCUGCCUUUUGGGGUGUUGGGAUGGGGCUGGAGGCUGCUCUUCCCUGCCCUGUUUUGUCCUGCAGGGUCCCCAUAUUGGAGCACAUCCUGGGGAACCAACUUCCAGAAGCCCUGCCUAGUGAGGUUCAGGGGAGCAGCCUGCAGCCUUGUGCUCCCCUCUGCAUGCAUUUUGGGGUCUGACUUUUUCCCUAGGUUGCCCAAAGCCAUAUUAGCAGACCUUUGGGGGCUGCUGCAUAUACAUGACACAGCCUACCCACAAUGCCAAAACCUGGCUGUUUUUCCUCUGCCUUGGUUUCUCCGGCAGAGCAAGCCACCCAGAAGCAGAGGACAGAAAGCAUGCAUUUUUAGGCCAAAGGGCUGAGAUUCCGCUUGGGCAAUUGGGAAGACCCGCGAUCAUCACCCAAGAACUCUAAGCUGGAAUGGAAAAUUCACCGGGACUCUGUUCUUGAGUGGCCUCUUGAAGCCUAUGUCCCCCCGCCCGUCCCCGACCCCCCCCUUAGAGAGGCGUUGUACUGAUAUAUAAAUAUAUAUAAUAUAUAUGUGAGACAUACUGACAGAAUCUGUAAGCUAAUAAAAUAUAAGAAAAGGUUACAAAAAAAGAAUAGGUAAAUUGACCAGAAGUAUUUAUUGUUUUCCCAUAUUUGCGUUGUUGCCUCCCAGGCAUAAACCAAUUCUUGUCCCUUUUCUUCCGUCUCAGCGCAGCCUGAAAUGUAGAGGGCCUUGAUGCUUGCAGCAGCCAGGGCUCCUUGCUCUCUGUGGGGCUCAGUGGGGAGGGGUGCUUGUGUUCCAUUCUCUUGCCCCCUGACUUUCUGGCAAGCCCGGAGCUGGCAUCUCUGAGGUGGGAGGGAGCUGCCCCUCACCUCAAGCCCCACAAGGGGGUGCCUGUGGGGGCCUGGGUGCGUGCGUGGCAGACAUGAGUGACGUGUGUUCUUGUGUAAUUUUUCUCCUCCAAGAAGCUGCAUCUGCGUGGACGUUGUGUUUCAGGGAGCUGGAAAGGAGAGUUUCUGCGGGAGGUCAGGGGCAGCUCCCUGCCCCCCAAGGUUGUUCUUGUUCUUGGUCCCACCAAAAUACUCUUCCUUCUGAGACGUUCAAGCCUGAUGCCCCCUCUCCUCAUGCCUUACUUAACCCCAGCUCUCUCCUGGAUUAAGGAGACAUCCCCAAACUUUCCUUUGUAAAUAUCAGACUCUCCCUCUGGACAGCCGUCCGGGACUCCUCUGCUCCUGGCCGGAAGUCCUGUCUCCCUGGAGGCGGACUCCAUGGUGGCCCUGCCCAUGUCUGAGGUUGCUUUCACCAGGUGUGGCUGGUGGUUCCGCCCUGGCCUGGUCCCUGUGGGGGCCCAGGGCAGGGAAAGCUGUCCACUCCCUCCCUGGCCGCCUUCUGGAAGGAGUCUAUUUCCUAGAGCUCGGCCUUUCUGGAAGGAUGAGGAGGACGGGCUGGGUGUCCCAACCCCCACAGCGGCCCCACUUUGGGCCUGACACUUGUGGGGACCAUUCUUGCCUCCGUGUCUCACAGGUGAGCCUGUGUACGUGUGCUCCACAGCUCUGCACGUGCACACACACACACACACACACACACACACGCAGAGCACUACAGUAUAUUCUUGCCAAAGAUUCCUUUAAAAGAAAGCACUUUCAAUAAUUUUGUUGUUGUGUAAAUGUUUAUCCUUUCUCCUUCCCCUCCAUCAACCUUUUUUGCUGAUGUUUAUUGUUGGAGCUGUUUGUUAGCCAGGAGAAUGCUGUCUGGUCUUGAAGAUAGACUGGGUGGGGGAGGGGGAGGGGGCUGAGAGUUGUUGGCACAAAAGGGUGGAAGAGGCAUGUUCAGCCUGUGGCAGCCCCUAGGCUCAGGCCCCAGCCUCAGGCACCACCUCCCUCUACUGUCCCGGUAGGCCUCUGACCCCUUAGCUGUCUGGAGGGAGGAGAGCAGGAAAGUGACCGUCUCUGAUUCACUCAGUGAGAGCCACGUGGCUCUUCCCAGGUGGAACAAGAGGAAAAGACUGGGCGCAGGAACAAUGGAGAGGCCACUUCAGGGCGAGGCAGGGAGGAAGUUAGCUGUUUGAUCAACCUCCAGGGGUGACUGGAGCGCCCCUGCCCUGUGGUCCCCGUGGCCUGGCUCCCUCAUGUACGCAGGUGUUUGAGGGAUGGCGACAGCUUGUCCUAGGUUGGCGAAAGGCUUUCUGAUGCCCUUCCAGCUGUCUCUCCAGCAGCUCUGAAAUUGUGUGGCCUGCCAGGGUUUCUCCUGCCCUGGACUUUGAAAAGUGCCUGGCUGUGGUAGAGGCAGGCAGGAUACCUUAGUAGUAGGGCCUGGGGGCCAUGUGGCUGUAGGAGGGACACGUCCUUCCGGCAAGGGGCUCCCAGGACGUGAGGGCAUUCUGCCCACUCGGCUGGCUGCUGGCAGGGGCACGGGGUGUCAGGUGGGACAGAUUCUGGGCUCUCACUGUCCACCCUCCACCCCUGCCUUCCUGGUCUUCUCCCUUUGUUUGUUUUCUUCCAGCUUCCCGACCUGGGCAGGUCCUGCACUCCUGAGGACUUCCUCUGCCCUUGCAUGUCCCCACACUCCGGUCCUUGGAGAGGUGGGGGGCUGAGUGUCCCAGCCACUCGCUGUUCACCUAGGCCCAGGCCCCGGGGUCCUGCCUGGAGUCCCCUGGCCAGUGGUAACAGGAUGUGAGCGCAUGUGCAAGUGUGGGUCUAUGAGUGCAUUUUGCCUGUCUCUGAGGACUCAGGUUGGGGUGGGUGGGGCAACGGGACAUCAAGUUCAGUGUCACCCAGCAGCAAAGGCGUCAGGAGGUGGUGAGGUCCCCACUGUGGAGAGUCAGUGUUGGGGGUGGCGGGGACGGGUCAGCAGCCCCAUGGGGUGGGGGUCCAGGUGCCCCUUCCUUGCCGCACCUGGGCUCCUCCCUGUAGCAAGCUAGCUGUAGAGGGACGUCCCAAGCUUGUUUCUAAUCAGUGUUAAAACCGUUUGAGACUCUCCUGUGUGGGCGUGUUGGUUUGCGUGUGUGAGAGUGAGUGAGCGCUUUCUUGGGUGUGCUGUGGCUCCCUGUUCCUUCCCUCUACUAUGUCAUUCAAAAACCGUUAGAAAAACAGAAUAGCCCAGCGCCCUCCCGCCCCUGGCUGUGUAUUUAUAUAGAUGGAAAUGUACUUCCUAUUUUGUAUCGAUGCCUAUAACCGCUGCCACCUGUAUAAACCUUGAACUCGCUACUUACCCAGGAGAUGAAUGUAUUGUGCACUGAUGCGCCCUACUCCUGUCCAGCUGCAUCGUUUCUUUGUGAUCCAUUGUAUGGCUUUAUAAAUGAUAAAGUGAAAGAAAAAUC